AUGCUCUAUCUCAGCUCCGAACCAUCGAAAGCCAACCCUUGGGAAUCAGUACGCUAUGUCUUCUACGUCUUCUGGCUUAUUCAAUUCUGGAUCUGUGGUUUUCUAGCCGUCACAGGUGUUGCUGGGCUAUUCGAAACGCCAUUCGAUUAUAGCAACGUCCUGUGUCUGGUCGGUGUCAUAGUGGUUGACUAUGUCUACGUCAGUCAAAUUCACCUCUACGUUAUGGGUGAACUAGAGCCUGCCCUUGCCGUGAAGAUGCAGAGUUUUCAGUGUCUGACAAUCGUGCUGCUCUUGGUCAAACUAUCCUACAUAAUGGCGAAUCAGUUCAUGGGAGCUCUCGCCUUCUUGUAUACUCUUCCAUUCGCAGCAACCUUCCUCCUACAAUGGCUUGUUAGCGUCGCAGUACUCAAAUCAAGCAGGCGUCAACAGCUUCAACCUGUCCAGUUAGACAAUCUCAGCAACAAAGUAUGA